UUUAGCGUCGCCCACGCCACCGACCACUAGGCCUCUCUUCGGCCCACAACACCUCACCCGCGCCCAUCACGCCGCCGCUGUAGGAAGAAGAUGGGGGCACAUCUUCCUAACUCGGAAGAUGUUAGCCUCGGUCGAUCUCUACUUUUUUUGACACACCCAACUUCCAUCGCGAUGAAGUCGGCGAGAAACCAUCAAGUUGCGUGCUCUGUAAUGGAAGUCGCAUCAGAUCGAGCUGAGGAAAAGGAGAUGACUGAUGAUACUGCUGGAGGAGGGGUGAGGACUUGAACAUGUAUAAGAGAGGGCUCUUGGAUGCCCCUUCAGCCCAAAUGUUUCUUCAUUAUCCUCGGAUUCGGCAGCAUCUUCGUCCACUCCUUUACUGACAACCGGUUAACUGCCCAACACCUUCACGAUGAAGACUGCUACGCUCAUUCAGCUCAUACCCUUUGCCUCCCUUGCGGAGUGCCUGUCACUCCCUCCACUCCCUCCCGUCUCCCUUCCUCCGGUUCCGAGCAUCCCCGGAGUCACGGUGCCCCUGAACGACCUCGCUCCUCCGCUGCCCAUCCUGCAGGUUCCCACGCCUGCCUUAGACAGCCCCCCUUUUACGGCUAGCGAUAUCAAGCCCAAGAAGAUUGGGUAUUUCUGGACCGGCGCUGGUGAUAGGCAGCACAAGGACUUUCUCGCCACCUACAGUCUGGAUGAUGAUACUUUCGGCACUCUUUUGUGGAUCACGGAUGUGCCCAGCAGCGGCAACGACCCUCACCAUCUUGGUCCCUCGCUUGAUGGCAAGACCUUGAUUGGAGGCGGUCUCCUAUCUCUGCUCAAGACCCAGGACACGGCCUUCUACUUUGAUACGACCAAUCCCUACCGCCCGACGUUCAAGAAGAGCAACCGGGCUAUCCUCUCGUCGAUCGCCGAUGAGAUCCGCGCAAAGCCCGAUGGCGGCUUCUACAUCACCUACAUGGGUUCCGCCGUCGGGACCUCGCCCGGUCGCCUGGUUGAGACCGAUGCCGACUUCAACAUCAUCCACGAAUGGCCCGAGGAUGUGCCCAGUGUGCUGAACAUUCUCAAGGAGCAGUUCAACCCCCACGGCUUGAGCAUCGACUGGGAGAGGAAGAACAUCCUCACCUCCGACUUUGUCGAGCCGGUGACCAUCCUCCACCCGAGUCUCGGCAUCAACAAGGCCGACACUCUGCGUCUGUGGGACCUGGACACGAAGGAGAUUAUCAACACCAUCACCAUCCCGAACGGUGGCGGUAUCCAAGACGUCAAGCACAUCCCUGGCAACCCCGAGGGCGCCGCUCUCGCCACGGCAGUCCACCUCGGCCAGGUCUGGAUCAUCUACCCCCUUCGCAAGGAUGCUAAUGGCAAGCCUGGCGUUACCGAGCUGCUGUUUGACCUGGGCCCCAAGGCCCGUGACACCGUCGCCAUCUACACCGACAUCACCCAGGAUGGCCGUUUCUUCUACCUCUCCCUGACGACGGCCAACCACAUCGCGGCGCUCGACAUCAGCGACCUGAACAACGUGAAGCGCCUCGACAACCCCGACGAGGAGCAGCCGACCAUCGGUCCCCACUACGUCAAGGUGACGCCCGACCAGAAGCACCUUGUCGUGACCGACUACUUUGUGCAGACGGGCGCGCUCGGCCUGAUCAACACGCCGGCCGACUUCAAGGCGCUGUACGUCGACAUCCUCGACGACGGCAGCCUGAGCUUCAACCGCUCUAUCGACUUCCAGAGGGAGUUCGCCGACCGCGGCGGUGCCAAGCCGCACUCGAGCGUCAUCUUCGAUCUGACGGACCCUGAGAAGCCGCUCUACUACUAGACGGGGUUGGUGUUUGGUUGUUGGCGGGUUGGAGGUUAAUCUGCUGUUGUGUUUUCAGGGGGUCGACGAGAGGGGUGGCCUUCUACCUUAUCACCACUCCUUAAUGUGUUGUCUUGCUUUGCCUUUUCACUUCUACAAUCCCUAGGCAGUAAUAACGUAAUGUCUUGUACAUCGACUUUGGUUUCACGAGUGAUGUGACAGGGAGUUCAUUCUUCAACGGACGGCAGGAAGCAAGGAGCAGUAGCCGCUGCCGAACAAGAGAUGACUCAUAUCCUCGGCCCGG